GAUCCCUGGAAACGGAAGAAGGAAGCUCUUCACGAUCCAAACAAUGGCGGCGGCGGCGAAAGACAUCGCGACACGGCGAGCUGUGGCGGCGACGAUCAAGCUGACUGUCCCGGCUGGAGGAGCACGCCCAGCAGCUCCUGUGGGCCCUGCGCUAGGUCAGUACAGGCUGAACCUGAUGGCGUUCUGCAAGGACUUCAACGCGAGGACUCAAAAGUACAAACCGGACACUCCGAUGGCCGUGAAGAUAACGGCGUACAAGGACAACUCGUUCGAGUUCACCGUCAAGUCUCCGUCCGUGUCGUGGUACAUCAAGAAAGCGGCGGGGGUGGAUAAAGGGAGCACGCGUCCGGGGCAUUUGACGGUGACGACGCUUUCCGUGAGACACGUGUACGAGAUCGCGAAGGUGAAGCAGACGGAUCCGUUUUGUCAGUAUAUGCCGUUGGAGUCGAUCUGCAAAUCUAUCAUUGGUACCGCUAACUCCAUGGGGAUCAAGAUUGUUCAGGAUUUGGAGUGAUUUAAAACGUUCAUUUCGAAAUGGUCUUUUUGUCUUGUCUAAUAAACAUGAAUGUCAGAUUGCUCUGUUUCCUCUGUUUGGUUGCUUUGUUUCAGUAGACAAUUGAGUUACAAACACUUUGAUCGUGUGGUGUUUGGAUCGUUAAAGAGUAAUAAAGUUAGUUCCUUUAGCUUAAA